AAAGGUCCAGAUUUGGAGGGGGGGGGCUUCCUUUUGUUUUUCUCCCUUGGAAGAGGAGGCGUAGGUUUGGCGAUGGGCUUUGGAGGCCGGCUGGUGGCGGGGAUGAUGGGAAUGUUAGUCCUGGUCUUUUCCCGGAGGGCGGAGAGCGCUGCGGAGCCCCCAGCGCAUUUCCUGCACCAGGUGACCUCCGAGUGCCACUUCCAGUCCAACGGGAGCGAGGCCGGAUCGGGGCCACCUUCUCCUCCUCCGCGGGUGCGCUUCCUCGACCGCUACUUCUACGACCGGCAGGAGUUUGUCCGCUUCGACAGCGACCGCGGGGAAUACGAGGCCCUCACGACCCUCGGGGAGGACCAAGCCCGUUACUGGAACAGCCGGAGGGAGAUCCUGGAGGACGCGCGGACGAUGGUGGAUGCCUUCUGCCGCCACAACUACGGUCUUGCGGAGAGCUUCGCCUCGGGGAGGAAGAUUCAGCCCCUGGUGGAGAUCACCCCCUCGGAGAAUUCCCCCAACACUUUACUGAUUUGCACCGUGGACGGAUUCUUCCCCUCGAAGAUCAAAAUCACCUGGUUCCGAAACGGGAAGGAGGAAGACGAGAGCCGAGUGUUCACCACGGACCUGAUCCGGAACGGGGACUGGACUUUCCAGAUGGCGGUGAUGCUGGAGGCCCAGCCGGAGCGGGGAGACGUCUACGCCUGCCAGGUGGAGCACGCCAGCUUCCCGGAGCCCGUCACCGUCCAGUGGGAGCCACAGUCGGAGUCGGCCAGGAGCAAGAUGUGGACAGGGGUGGCUGGGGUUGUGCUGGGGCUGGUCUUUCUGGCUCCCGGCCUCAUCCUCUACCUGAAGAAUAAGAAAGGCCAUGUCAUCCCUCAGCCUUCAGUGGCCCUCAUGGACUAGGCUUCCCCAGUCCAAUGGCAUCGCAUGAUAGGGAGAAGCAGCCUUCCUUCCCAGCUAUGGCCACCGUUCUUUCACUUAGAAGAGCCCGACGCUUGGAUGGGGAGGCACUGAAGAAGCCGAGGAAGUCCAGCCACCAAGGACUCACAACAUCCUUCCCCUCUUCCUGUUCCAGAAGCCUGAACUUGUCUCUUGUUCAUCCUGUCUCCUGCUUUG